UCUAGGUGUAAAACAGGAAAUCUUAUUACAUCCAGUUACAUUGUAGCUGUUGCUUCCAAAAGAUCUAGGUAUACAAAUGCCCAUUACCUUUGAUAUGGAAAUCCCUCUCAACAGAUCCACAAAACAAGGUGUUUAGGUCGGAAUUCCAGAAAUGAAUAAAAAAAAAACUGAGAAAAUAAUACCCCUGUUUAUUUUUUGCCUUACCCUGUGUUUAUAACAGGUAUGUCAGGUGAUCUGUUUAAUUGUAAGCACAUGAACACAGCAAUUAACACCUUUCUGUAGCAAGACACCUAGGAGCUUGUUAAACACCUGUCUGGAGGGCUCUAAAUAACGGUUACACUCGGGAGAGAAGGUGUAUUUGAUUUCCUUGUGACUGAGAUAGCAGUUACCUGAACAGGGUACUAGUAUAUCUACACCUGUAUAGAUAAACGGGGGCUACAAGUUAGACCUUGAUAUGUGUGAUUAAAGGCCAACAGAGAGGGACUAAUUAUAACUGCAGUAGGACUGCUGUGAGCACUGCUAAUCUGCUAUUGAGGUGUAAAUGCAAAGCAUUGUUUAAGUUUCUUUCACCAUGGACAAUGCCUGUUAAAAACAUGAUCCUACAAGCUAGGUACUGGAAGAUUACUCUUGGACAAAGCCGGGGAGUUUUAACAGUCUAAAUACGCUCUGGCUAAAGGAAUUAGUUCAACAAGCCAGCUCCCCCUUUUGUAUACAAAGUAUGGAUUUCUUAUAAGCUGAAUGUACUGAGGAAUACGACGUAUAAACCUGUGUAUAUGUGUGUGUAGGUUCUGGAACUUCUGAUUUUGGUUCUUUUUUAACCAGGACCACAACUACGGAGCCCCUCGACCUCCUACGCCCCCUCCCACACCACCCCAACCCCCGCAGCAGAUGCUGAUGCCACCCCUGGCCCCUCUCACCCCCGACAAAGGCCACAUAGAGGUAGAGGAUGUCGGCAGCAGUGCCGGGCUCCCCAUCACCCCGCCCGAGAUGGUCCCCCCAAAGGAGGCGGACGAUGACAGCAUCACCAGGUGUAUCUGUGACUUUGUGCACGACGACGGCUACAUGAUAUGCUGUGACAAGUGCAGUGUGUGGCAGCACAUUGACUGUAUGGGGGUGGACAGGAACAAUAUCCCUGAGUCUUACUUCUGUGAACUGUGUGAGCCCCGCCCCCUGGACAGAGAAUCGGCGCGACUGAUACAGCUGAAGAAGAAAGAGUUCCUCGACACUCUGACAGACUCGAGUGCCACAGACACAGACCCAGAGGAGGAAGCCAACAGACAGCUGUCUCAGCAGCAGCAGCAACAGGGAGGGAUGGAUCUCUUGGGGGCCAAAAAACUCAAGACCAAAAAACAGCGCAACAAGUCGGGCAACAACAACACCAACAAUGGCAACAAGAUGUCGGAGCUCAAGCAACGCAAAAACAACAGGAAAGAGAAGCGUGACAUCAAGAAGGAGAAGGAGAAUAAAGACGCAAACAAGAAACACCAAAGAGUUAUAAAUAAAGAUACAUCUGCAGGAUUGAAAACAAAGAAAAUGAAGUUGGAGAAAAACAAGAAGCCUGGACUGUCGCUGGUGAUUAACGAGAAUGCACAGCAGGAUCCGUGGGACAGCUCCUUUAGCCCCUGGGUGGACAAGUAUGAAGAGGUGAUCGAGAACCGCUACUCCCAGGAUAUCCUCAACUCCUUCCUAGCCAAGAAGAUCAAUGGUGUUUAUCCCCCGGAAAGUAAAGGGUUAGGUGGGAACCCAAGGGUACAACUGUGUCAUGUGACAGAAGUCAACAAAAACAGAAAGGGCUUGGAGGCGACUGAGACAAUAGGAGAAGGGGAGCCUGUAGUGGAGUACAUUGGAGAAGUCAUGUAUAAGGACCAGUUUAACAAGGAGAGCUUCUAUAAACGAUUAAAUCCAUUUGUGUUGUUUUACUCUAAAUAUGAUGAUAUGGAUAUUUGUAUUGAUGCCACGUCCUAUGGGAAUAUUGCACGCUUCAUUCGGCGAUCUUGUAAAGCUAAUGCAGAGGUGAGCCAUGUGGUACAGAAUGGUUGUGUGAAUUUCUAUGUAUACUCCACCAAGGUGAUUCCCCGGGGGUCAGAGAUCACCAUCCCCUACGACUAUAAUUACAAGGACUGCACCUACUGUGUGGAAUGUGCCUGUUUGAGAAAUAACUGCCCUGUUGCCAAGUUCUUUAAAAAGAGGAUGAACUCCAACAUCAAAAAAGACAAAUCCCCUCAGAGAUUGCCAAAACUUCCUGUGAAAUCACCGAUUAAAAUCCACAUCAAAUCUCCUGUCAAAAAAUCACCAGAGGAGUUAUCUCCCCCUGAAAGUGUUGCAGAUGUUAAAUCACCCACUACUGAAAUACCAGAACAAGUGGUGAGCGUUAGUGUCAGGAAAAGUAAAAAAGUAUCUAAAGUGGAACCUGUUGAACAAAUGGACAAUAAUUCCAUGUCUGGAGAUUUAAUGGAGGCUUCCCCAAGGUCAGACGAUGAGGAAAUGGGUCAAAGUAACCCUAAUGCACCAAUGUCGGAGUCAGCUGCCUCACAUCAUAAAAUGACAAGAGAAGAAAGGAAGAUGGAAGCCAUCAUGAAGGCAUUUGAGAAAUUGGAGAAGCGAGAGGAGAGAAGGAAUCAGGCACUGAGCCGAAUGGAGAGGAAAAGUACAGACACCCGCAAAGAGGAGAAGCCUGCUGAAAAGGUGGAGAAAGUACCCGUAAAGAAAGAAGAAAAGAAAGAGAAGCCACCUCAAAAAGAGACCCGGUCCAGAAAGAAGGAGGAGGAGGCGGGCAUUGAGGUCCCGCAGGAACCCCUACCCCCCAUGGAUAUGGAGUCCACCCCAGAGGAAAGUGUCCCCCCUGAGGUUGCACCAGUUGUAGAACAACAGCCUGCUCUUGUCAAGGAGACAAGGCCCAGGCCAAAAACGAGGAGAGCAAAACGAGUGUCCUCCAGAAGAAGGAACCGAGCUGGUAGUGGUAAUGCUGUGUCUGAGCCGUCGCUGUCAGUGGACGCGGCCGAUGAGAGCUCCAUCGUCCCCCAGCCUGCCCCUCCCACCAUGCCUAACAGCUGUCCCAACACCCCACUGGUCACCACCGACACAGCCAACGUACCCCCAUCCUUUAGAUUCCUCAAAACCAAAAAGCACCUGAUGAAUGAGUGGUUGCAUGAAAAGAGCCAGGAUGUUGUGACGGCGACGUUGUCCCCGGCCAAGACGGAGCCCCUGGAGGUGAAGGUCGAGGACGACACAAUGUUUGUGACGUGUCUCCCGAGCCCACGGAAUGCCAUGGAACAUCUCCGACGGAACAGUCACAGCUCCGGAUCCUUCCGUCCAGUUAUCAAUGUAGAGAGCAGUAUCGGAUCGGCCAAAAAGCGUUGGUUGCGACAGGCCAUGAUUGAGAAGCCCAAGUCAGAUAGUGGAUCCAACUCUCCCAACACAACCGGGGGAACCAACAUGAUAGGGGGAGGUAAUUCGACGGGGGGAGGUAAUGCCAGCCCAGGAAUGCCCAGCCCAGGGGCCUCACCUCCUGGAGACUUUGUUACCCCUCUUAAGAAAAGGAGGAUGGCAAGAGAGUCAGUGGAUGGUCCCCAGAGUGCGGGCCCCUCUACUUCUUCCCCAUUGUUGGCCCCUACGGUCAGUCAGUUUGGAGAAUUGGAGGGACAACCCACGGAGGUUGCCCAGGAAGAGAACAAACCUUUUUUUCCAAACUACACCCCCAGUGUAAAGAUGGAGAUUCCGAAGAAGAGAGCCUUCGUGAGUCCCCGAGAUUUGCGGAAAGCCAGUAUUCGUGAUUCUAUGGAGAGUGAAGUGUCCGACUCCUCAGUGACUGUCUCCUCGCGACUGUCCGUCGAUCAGUCUUCGGACUCAGAACAUGAACAGACUCUGUGUCCUCAGAAAGUUACGGGUAGUAAUAGUAUAAUUCAUAGUGAACUGGUCAGCAUGGAAGAUCGGACUUCUGGGAUAGACCAGUCGUUACUGAGUGACACCAGUCACACGUGUGAAGUGACCAACAGUUCAGCAGAGGAGGAUCAUAGCUUAAGCUGUGGGGGGCAGGAGGAGGGGGAGAAACUGGAUUCAACCAGUGAUUCUGUUCAGAGACCAGUAGGACUAAACAUCGUGGAGGAAGACGAAAAUGUUUCCAGUGGGCAGCAAGCAAGACCCUCAGUGGUGGAAGAGGAGGAAGAAGAGGUGGAGGUGGAGGAUGAAAGUGUUUCUGUGGACAUGGAUGUAGGUGCAGUGGACAGUACGGAAGAUCAGCAGAAGAAUUCAACAACCAGGAGAAGUGUGUGUGAUAGUACAUCUCGCUCGGAUACUUGUAGCAUUGGAAGCUCAUCAAGGGUUGACUCAGCAAAUAUCAGUGGCAUGGAGGAUUCUUGUAGUACUUCUAACAUGGAAGAUGUGUGUCGACCAUCUUCCAUGGCAUCGCAAUCCGAGGCUAGUGUUAGUGUAGUGGAACCCCAGUGUGUGGACAGCAGUACUGACAUGCUAUCCCCACAGACCCAGGAAGUCAGCAUGGAAGUGGAUGAACUCCCAGAGGAGAGCCACUCUCCACAAGAGGUGUCCACGGUGGAAGAGAGGCCAGCAGGAGUGGACAGUAGUGUGGAUAGUAGCAGUGACCAGCAGGGAGGCAGCAGGAACUCAGGUGGAGGGGGGGUCAGCAGUAGCAGUGAGCUACAGCUGGAGGAUUCUAUCGUGGAGUCCACCCACUUGUCUGAGGGAAUCAGUGUCUCUUCCUCUGCGGUCGUGACCUCAGAUCAUUCUGUGACGGAAAACGACAUGGUGGAUAGUUCUGUGUCGGAUAGAUUCGAGAUCACAGUGGAGGCAGAAUUAGUGAACUUGUCGGAUAUUGGUCAGAAUGCAGUAGACAAUACUGUGUCAUCUAAUCAGGGUAGUAGUUUCUCCGGGGUUAGGCAGUCUGAGGAACUCUGUUCUACCUCCACCUUUCACGAGGAGAUGGGGUCAGAAGUUCAUGUGGAGGACGAUGGUUCAAGGUCAGACUCUAUCACUGUGACCACACCAUCAGAGCUGUCCGCCUCCCCAGCAGACUCUGAACCAGCCCAGGGUACCAGCACCAUGGAGCCUGAAUCAGAACCAGUUCCGGCUAAAAAAAAGGUCAGUCUGCUGGAGUACAGAAAAAGAUUAAAGGAAAAAGGACCCACUAGUACAUCAUCGUCUACUUCAUCACUAUCAUCGUUGUCAUCAUCAUCAGUUCCACGGCCCUCAUCAACAUCAUCACAAAGUCCCUCAUUCAAUGUACACACCCGUCUCCCAUCCCUACCAUCUCUGCCAUUGUUUGACACAUCUCCAUCCAAAGACUCUUCAGCGCAAAAUCAUCGUCAGUUCAAAAGUUCGUCUGAUCUCAUAAGACGCAAGUCGACUGAGGCCCCAAAGAGGGAGAAGCCUCUUAGCCUUGCUGAGAGGCUCAAAAAGGAGUUUGGCUUUGAGGAUUCAGAGGAUGAGAGUGGCAAAGACGAGAGAAGCCGCUUGAGGAAGUCAUCACAUGACAUGCCCCCUCCUCCCCCUCCCCCACCCUCCGAGGGGGUGGGCUCCCAGCCAUAUGAAGCUGUUCCAGAGCCUCCACCUCCCCCUCAUCAGCCUCCACAGCAAUCUGGCGGGAACUUCAAGGCCCCCAUGGUGGGGGGAUACAGCGUCCAGCCUCCUCAGGCACCCCACUCCAUGCAUGGGGAAAACCCACACAGACUACCCUCCCCAGGACUGGUGCCAGUGCCCCCCAUGGUUCCCCCUCCCCCUCAGGGGCAACACGGAGGAAGUCUGCUGAUGCCUCCACCUCCAGGACAACUGCCACCCCUGAUGAACCAUGGUGGACCCCCACCCCAGCCUGUGCCCCCACCAGGCCCGGUGCCACCACCAUCUAACGGGCCACUGGGCAGUCAGAUGGGACAGGCACCACCUGUUGUUGGGAAGAAGAUCCCCUCCCUGAUGUCCAUACCUUCCUAUCACACAAAGGGCCGGGGAGGAAGUAACCACACCCAGGGAGGAAGUAACGCAGCCAACCUGGCCCAGCCUGUUAAUGGACACCAUGACCAGAACCAGCAGCCGUAUGGGUCCAAGCCUGGUCUGCCACCACACAUUCAACAACCAUUCACCAGUGUGGCUCCACCUGCAAACUUUGCACACCCUCCUCCUCAGCCAGUGCAGGCCCCAUAUUCUUCAGCACCGCCAAACCAGCAGUACCCCCCUCCCCCUCAGGCCUUGUCCCAGCCGCCCUACCCCUCUCAACAGCAGCAACAGGGACAGCAUUUCAUGCCCACACCCUCCCAUCCAAGUCACUAUCAGACUCCCCCACCCCCUCCCCAGCCCCAAACACCAACCAGUCAGUAUGUACCCGCACCGAGCCCAUCACCAGGAGGAUACCACUCAACUCAACACCAGGGGGCAGGGGCUCCGUACAGCCAGGGGGGCGUGGGGUCGUACAACAGCUACCAGACCUCUCCAUAUCAACAACCCCCUCCCCCACCCGCCCCAAAUGGCCAUCAGCUGAGAGACUAUAACCACAGUUAUAAGAACUCGCAUGACUCGGAACAGCAAUCCCAUUACAAUCACUCGCCUAAGAACUAUCAUGGGUCGUCCUCCUCAUCACAUCGACAGAAGUCGAAGAAGUCCAAGCAUCGGAAGUCGGGAAGCUCCAGGUCGUCUUAUUCGGACUAUCAUUGAGUCAACGCUUUAUUUAUUUCAUUGUUCUCUGUCUAUAUUAUUAGUUGUCAGAAGUAUUUUUUUAAUACUUCAUGUUUGUUUGGUUUUUUUUUUUUAAAUUGCAUUUAAUUGGUUUUAAGUUAUUUAAAAAAAUUAACACAACUAAACCUCAAUACAUGCUUUUUGAAGGUCACACAUGCAAAGAUGGGUUAAAUGAUUUUAAGUAGAAUGGUUAUGGUGCCUUAAUUUUUUGUUUUUGCCAAGAAAUUUUUGAAGAAAUAAAAAUUUGUAUUAGAUCAUGCCAUUAAUUGGAGAAAAGAAAAACUACAUGGGUUAGAUAUGUGUAUUAUACAUACAUCUACACACGCACACACCUACACACGUCUGUGAUACUGCCACAUCAUUUACACACCCUACAUACACAUCACACUCAUCUGUACAUACUGCCAUGUAACUUACUCUGUAAAUAGUGAAAAUCUGCUUGUACAGUCUCCAUGCUGUGAAUAAUGAGGAAGCUGAGCUAUAGUGCUACACCACUGCCCUACCCCACCCCACUCACCCCCACCCCCAUAUCUUACUCCUCGUGUUUGUGUAGAUUGAUGUAGAUAGAGAUUGUAUAUAUAUACUAUACAUGUACAUAUGAUUGUAGAGAGUUUAGUUAAGACUUGGACAAGCUGCACUGACGGCCUUGCCAUCAGAUCAUGGUUAUUUAAUGGCAAGGGCCAAAUGCAGAAAUUCAGUCAACACUUGAUCAAUUUUUGAGCAUGAAUGAUCAAUUUUUCCUCCCCUUUUUAACACAGUGGGUUUGUCUGGGGGGUUGGUUUGGUUGUUUAGGGGUCAGGCAGUGGAACUUUGGUGGUCUGUAUAAAGCAGGUUUGUUUAUUUUUGGAAUCUUUGUAAAUAGUGUACAUAGUAGGAACCAGUAUGGACUUAACUGUUGUGAAUGCAGCUUUCAUGUUGUAUGCAGUAGUUAGAAUUUGAGAGAGAGAGACUUAUUGUUCCCCGAGUUUAUCAAGGUCAUCUUUUCCUCUCUGCAUUUUUUGUCAGCUUUUAAAAUAACUGUCAAUUAAGGUAUAUAUAUAUAUAUAUGUUUAUCACAUUUGUUCAUUUUAUUUUUCGACAAAAAUGGCUUUUUCUUUCUUUUUCUGAAUUGUUCUAGUUGUUGCAUUUAUUUUUGACAGAUUUAUUAUUCUUUUUUUUUUAAACAGUAUACCACAAUAUUUCUGGGGUACUUUUUGUCUCCUUUAUAAAUUGUAGUGUCAGUUAGUGUGCUUUAGAAAAAUCGAAAUGCGAAUUUUUUUUCCUGAAAUGUUAUCUUGAGCAACAAAUGGUAUGUCUGUGUGUCAGAGGAAAGCUGCAGUUAGUGGGAACAGCUCAACUUUUAUGUCAGAGGCAUUGUACUAAAUCUAUGAAAAAAUACAAAGAAAAUACUGAGUUAA